AAAAAUAUAAACGGUUCGAAUCUUCUCGCUUUUUGUCGGGCGAUUCUUGCAGAAAGUGGUCACAUUUUGACAUACAGCUGUUACAUUUUGGUUUCUGCGUCGGUCGUUUUUCUGAGGUGAGUCCGGCGGAUUCCUGUCCUGUUAGCUUCUCGAGCUAAUGUUAUAGCUGCCUGACUGAAUUCUUAAGCGAACCCCGCCGUUUUUGGGGGAUUUUUACUCACCUACGGCUCACGGCUUAAGUUCAGGUGAGGCACAUCAGGGCUGCUGUGUGACUGUUGUUCCUGGGAAGACGUCUUUCUGUAAACAGACCGCAGGAGGAGAGCUGAGCCGAGCUUUGCCUUUGCCCGUUUCCUUGAGCUUCAGGUGGUCCGGCCUUCUCAGGUGAGCAGGGACCUUCAGAUCCGGAUGUUGCUCCUGUGAUUCCUCCUCCUGCAGCUGGCGGUGCUGAGUUCAAAGGCCCUCGGACUUUCUCUGGUCGCAUCUCUGCAGGACACGCUCCCUGGGGUUCUCCACAGCCCUCCACCAUGUCUUCCAACUAUCCUUACCAGCGGUCGCUGCCUGACUCUGACCUCCGGCCUGACUCUGACCUCCGGCCUGACCCACGUCGUUCCAGCGCUGCACCAGACGCCAACCUUUACAGACGACCUCGGGAGUCUUUCCCUGCGCCCUUGUAUUCCCUGUCGUCAUCCGGGGGUUCUGUGGCGCCGCAGCUGCCUCCGUCUUCUCAGGAUGGCGUCCUCGGCAUCCUGAGCAGCUGCGGUCUGGAACCUGAAGACCUGUCUCUCCUUGCCAAGCUGCCCGAGGACGUCCUCACUGUGGACUCGCUGCCGCAGAUCCUCCAGCAGAUCAAAGGCAAGAGGGGCAGCGGUGAACCCUUUCCUCCCACCGCCUCCUCUUCCUCCAGCUUCGCCCCUCGGCCCGUGGCCAGCUUUUCCCACAGGGAAAGGGAUGAGCAGCACAGCCAGCUGGUUCAAUACCCGCUUGGCCACAUCUCAUCCUCCAAGUCAGACAUCCCCUCCAACCGCUGGGAAAGUGCCUCAACCUUCAGCGCUGUCAGGUCCCCACCUUCAUCCUCUUCCUCAUUCAGACACAAGACAGACUUCGACUACAGGCCCCGUCACUCUGAUUAUGGUAAGACUGCUCUGACCCCCACAGCUGGACCAGCACCACAAGUCAUUCCCUCUCGCGCGUCGGGUCUCCGACCACACGAACACAGAGCAGUUCCUCCUGCUAAUGAGCGCCGGCCCAAAGCCUGGGAGGCCAGGUCCUCCUCUGGAUUUUCGUCUGGAAGGAGCAGCAGGUUCUCCAGCUCGAUGCCUUCAAAGAAAGAGGCGCAGGACUUCCACGGGAAGGCUCCUGAAGUGUACCCAUACUCAUGCUCUCUGUGUGACAUCACUGUGCUCUCUGAGAGGGCCUGGACCCAGCACACAAACUGCACUCAGCAUGCAGACGGACAGCUCAAACUGCUGCAGAGGUUUCCUCACUGGGACUGUCGUCUGGAGAGCAUCAGCAGCGAUGACAGCAAAUCAGAGAGGUGGAAGGAUGAAGGGACGCUCGCUCGACCAGCUAAAAGGCCAGAGGAAAAGAACCAGAAUCAGAACCAAGCUCCGCAGUCAAAUAAGGCGCCGCAGAAGCCGGCCUCGGAUAAAGGGAAGGUGGUUUGUGUGAAGUUUCCGGCUCAGUCUGUUGACGAGGCGUAUCUCAGAAAACUGACAGAACCUUUUGGAAAAAUCCUUCAGAUCGUGAUGUUUCCGUCUUUGGCGUUUGUGGAGCUCGGAUCCAUCGAUCAGGCGAAGGACUUGGUGAAGUUUCACACCAACUAUCCUCCCACCGUUAAUGGAAAGCAGAUUGAGUUUAGCAUCUCCGGUGCCUUCAGCUUUCUACAGAGCUCCCAGGUGGUGAGCUUCACUCCGGCUCCGGAGGGAAAAGACGGAUUCUCGGAUCUGAUCAGCAUAGUGAAGCGCUUCGGACCACCGCUCUACACUCUGGUGCUGCCGUCCAAGGUGUUCGUUGAGAUGAAAAGCUCUGCUGAUGCUCAGAAGCUGGUCAACUAUUAUUCCUCAAACAAGCUGAAGAUCAACGACGACAUCAUCCAAGUGGCCUUCUCCAACGAGUACAAGAGCCUGCUGAACGUUUCAUUAGCCAGGAAGUAUGAAGAGGAGGAACCAACGAAGGACUCUGACCCUAAGCCCAGGUCUGGAGACCAGGACAGAAGAAGGAAAAGGACCAGAAGCAAGUCCAGGUCAAGAGGAAGAUCCAGAGGUUCAAAGAGCUCCAGAACCCGGUCAAGAUCCAGACAAAGAUCAGAGGGAAGCAAGAAGAGCACGUCCAGAUCAAGAGACAGCAAAACGUCCAGAAGUCACGGUAGAACCAGGUCCAGGUCCAAGUCCAAAGAACGCUCAGAGGGAAGAAAAAGGAGCAGAACCAGGUCCGCGUCCAUAGAACAAUCCAGCAACUCCUCCAGACAGAACCAGAAUAAAGAGAACUCAAAAGAACCAGAAACUCCUCUCACAGUGGAGCUCCAGACGAUCACAGGUGACAUCCAACACCAAGAACCUGCUGGUGAGGAUGAGGAGGACAGCAUGUCCACCGACGGGUGUGACAAGGGGAUGGAGGUGAUCGCAGAGGACGGGAGGAUGAUCAAGGAUGAGGAUGAAGAAAUCCUGAAAGAGGGAGAGGACAUGGAGGAAAGUGCUGUGGAGAACAGGACCUCUGAAGACAUGUCAGCCUCAUCUGAGAGAGAAGAGGAGAAGAAAAUGGAAACUGAGGAUGAGGAGAAGACUUCCGCGCGAGCAGAGGAGAUGGACGUGAAGGAUGCAGGCGCCGAAGAUCAGGAGCAGCUCAUGACUGAGGAGAAAGAGGGAGAGGAGGAGAGACUGAGGGAGAUAAAGGAGGAGGAGACGGAGGAAGCUGGUUUCCCCCUGAACCUGGAGGACUGCAUCACUCUGGAUGAAGUUCACUCAGAUGAUGAAGGUGAAGGUGACGGAGGUGAAGCGUCUCAGCUGGAGUCCAGCAGGGUGGUGUCCUUCAGCGCCGUGCCGCAGGGCUGCACCGACGCAGAGCUCAUCAAAGUCAUGAAAGGCUUUGGGACGGUGGUUCGAUACCUGUUGAUCCGGGAGCAGCGGCAGGCCUUGGUGGAAAUGUCGAGUCCCUCCGAGGCUCAAACUGCUGCAGAGGAGCUGAACUCCAACUGCAUCAGCAUCAAUGGCUGCCGGCUGACCGGCUCUGUGUCACAGGAAAAUACCAGACUCACCGACGGGUGGGACGUUAAAGGUGACGAAGACGAGGAGAGGAGGAGUGGGCAAAGUGACAGGAGAACCUCAGAACCAGAGGAGAAGCCAUCUGAGGAGGUUCAUGAGAAAGACGCAUCAGAGACGGAGGUUCAGGAAGGAGAGGAGACGCCAGAGACGAGUCAAGAGACUCCUUCAGACAAGACAGGAGAAAAUAAAACUGAGGGGAAAGAGACCAGAGAGACUCCAGCAAACAAAACGGUUCCCGAAGAAAAGAAUCCACCUGAAGAUCAGGAUCUCCAACAGCAAAGAGACGCCGAGAAGCUGAGCGACUCCCAUGAACCUGAAGUGAGGGAUCCAGAGGGAUCAGAUCAUCCAGAAACCGCUGAACAGAAUGCUGUGGCGGCGCCACCAUUUGCACCUGCAGGGGGCGCCACUGAAGCAGAAAGACUUUCCAAAGCCAUUGGAGCUGAGUUUGUGCGUCCCGUUGUGGGUUAUUACUGCAAUCUGUGUCAGCUGAUCUUCUCUGACGAGGACGAGGCAAAGGGGGACCACUGCCGCACGCCGGCCCACUAUGCCAAAUACCAGGAGAAGACGGGAAAAGAUCCGUGGACGAGCUGAACUCAGACUGAAGAUCGUCACUGCAGAACUCAAAAGAAAACGGGAUGUUAAAAUGAUUCAAGUUGUAAAAAUAAAUAAAUGUUCGACU